AUGAGUAAAAGAGCAACCACAUUAAUACAAGAUGGUCGAACAUAUCUACAACAUUGCUUGCAGAAUAAUAUAAAUACCGAAUCAACAGUUUUUAAAGGAACUUUGUAUGAAUUAUAUGUUAAAAAAUAUUUGGAAUCGAAUUUUUACGCUAAAGAUUUAAUAAAAUGUGGAGGAUCUUAUGAUAAUGGAAUUGAUAUUAUAGGAAAAUGGGACUUAGAUUCAUUCUUGAAUAAUUCACUACUGUUUCAAAGUUCAAAAAAAUUACAUUCAAAAUCAUUAGCUAAUGAACCUAUACAAAAUGAUAUUCAACUUUUAGUUCAAUGUAAAAAUUUUAAAAAAAAAUUAGGUGCAUCAACUAUACGUGAAUUAUCUGGAGUUUUAGAUUAUUAUAAAUUUAAUAAAAAAUCAACUUUUAUGUUUAUUGUAAGUCCUCAACCUAUAACUAAUCAAGCUAUAUCUCAAUUAGAUAAAUCAUCAUUUGGUAUAAUAAAUUUAUCAAUUCUGACUUUAAAAAAUAAUAUAGAUCAUUAUAAUUAUGAUUUAUGGAAAGGUGGUGAAUUAAAUUCUAUUUAUUUAAAUAAAAUUGCAAGAAAUUUAUUAGAUGGAUUUCAUAUAGAAAAACAAGUUUUAAUAGCUUGA